UUAAAGGCCCCCAAACCAUUCAAGGUGGAGUCAAAACACUCUGCUCCUCAUGUUCAUCUGAGAUUAUUUUUUAGUUACACUCAGACGUUUUUGUCUUUCUUACCAGUCACUGGUUUCUCAAUUAAUUUCCUCUUUCAUAAUGUUAGGUUUGAAGUAUGCUCAUGUUGUUCUCUUGUUUCUUAUCACCCCCUCUGUAAAUGCACAUGGAGGUAUUGUUUAUAUCCACAGAGGAAGAAAUUCAUCCAUUGACAUUUCCUGUGAAUCAACCAGCAAGGAGGGAAAACCAUUCGCCUUUUCACUGAAACGCAGGUUGCUGCAGUCUAGACGAGUCCUUUAUCUUUCUGAAGGAUUAUUACCAACUAUCAAUAAAUCUGAGGACAAGGAUCGCAUCACAGUACGUGAUGAGUUGUACAACCACACAGUUCAUCUGACAAUCUCAAACCUGCAGGGUCGGGACAUAGACGUAUACCACUGUGAAUUCUACUAUGGCAGUCUUCCAGAAGAUAAGAAUAUCCCUGGCAAGAUGGAGUUCUUCAUCUAUGUUGAAGACUUUUCUCGUGAGCCACUGCAAUCGUGUGAUUGUUUAAGUUACCUGUCAUUGCUGUAUGUGAUCUCUGGAGCUGCAUGCCUGCUGGGGGUUCUGGUUUUUACUCUCGCUACCGCUUAUUGUUGUAAAAGGCCCAACCGUAGAAAGCCACAGCCUGUAGUUCCUGUUUAUGAGGAGAUGACUGGGGUGCGGCCAGACAAAAGAAAAGCCACAAGCUGUCAGACUGAUAUGGCAAAACUGGAAGAAGCAAACAGCUCUGUGGCCACUUUGUUCAGCAAUGAAAACCUCUAUGUUAAUUGAUUCAAUGAAAUGUAGUGAAUAAGAAGUCACUCUAUUAGAGUGUUGACGUUCAUGCUUUAGCUGACCCACAAGACUUAACUGAAUCAGCAGCUUUAAAAGGUGUUUGAUAACAUAAAAUUGGUCAUCUUUUCAUCUUCCAUCUAUACCUUUGUUAAAGGUACUCUUAAGACAUGUCAUUUUAUUGCAGAAUCUCAGCCUGUAUCCUUUUUAUACAUGAAUAAAUUGUUGUUUUUUUUAAGUACAAAAUGUGUAUUAUAUGAGUAAAAGUAUUUUGUAUUUCUUUAGUACACACUGUCAAUAUCUUUAAUUGCCGUUUUUGUUUUUAUCCCUUCUGUGGAACAGAAUGGUAGUUUUCCACUGUCUGCAUGUAAAAAAAAAAACUGUUGCAGGACCUGUUUAUUAAAAGGUUGGGAAAUUAUGGAAAACGACAAGGGAAAAAAUGCUGUUGAUAAGACUCAAUUUUUAAGACAUUAUGUGAAACAUUAAAGCAUGCAAAUAAAGUUUAGAUGAAGUGCCUCCACGGUUUCA